CCAUUAUUUUAAAUCAUCGAUAUCAACAAUCAAACAAACUCAUAUAAUCCACAAAGUAAUAAUAAGGGUAUGUUGGUUUGAUUUCUCGACUUGAUUCUGGAUUCACGUCUUCACGAUGCUAAUAAUUUUUCGAGUUCAAGGAUGUAUCACCAUUCUUGCAUUCGCCGAGAAAAUCGUGAUCAUGAUCGCCAGCAUGUUGUAUCAUUGGCACAAUGAAAUACUACGCAAUAUACCAAAUAUAUUUUCUGGCAAUGGCAUCCGAAUUCUUGAUGCUUGGCGUAGUAUUGUUCUUGUUUAUUUUUUUUUUAUCUCAUUGCUAAUCUUCCUAUAGAUUCGAAAUCAUUUCAUCUCGGUGUUCUCUUGUGGGAAAUGAUCUACUACAUAGCCUGUGUGAGUGAGAGCGAUAUAAA